AUGGGGUCAGUUCCUGCAGAGUCUCUUGAACUGGAGGUGCUGCGUGCCCCGACGUCCGUGAAGACCUGGCUGCGGCUUAUUCACGCUAUUCAGGGCGCCGAGUUUGAGAGUAAGGCCGCAAAGGCCAACGCCACAAACGUCGCCUACGAACGUGCCAUCAGAGCAAAUGCAUUUUCAUAUAAACUCUGGGUGAGCUACAUUGCGUACCGCUACGAAAAUACAAAGGAGCUCUCCUCAUGGCAUGAGUGGUUUCGAGCGCUACGAAGCAUUUAUGACCGGGCCGUUGACAAGUUGCCUAUGAUGCCACUGCUUUGGGUGUCUUUUUUGCAGUUUCUGAUGGAUGCGGCAGUGCCCCCGCGUUUGACCCUCGUCAGGCACACCAUUCUUCGGGCACUGAGGGCUCUUCCAGUGACACAGCAUCAUCGUGUGUGGAGGCUCGCAAAACGCUGGACGCAGCUACCCUACGUACCCACCGAGACGGCACAAUACCUGUGGAGGUUGCAUCUCUUGCUCGACCCACGUGCCUCAAAUCAAAGAGAUUACUUCCUUAUGUUGUGGGAAAAGGGGAACCCAGGUGAGUUUCUCACAGAGUGUGCAGUAUUUAUCCUCGAUGGCCAUCCACACGAAGAACUCUUGCGAGACACAACCUUCUGGGAGACAGUACGCCUCGCUCUUGAAACGAAGGAUCUGCGCUUUGUCGGCGACUUUGUACAGAUAGAAAAACUGGUGGAGGUGGCGGCAGAGCAUUGUGCAUCUCCAUCCGAAUUAAACAUCUCACACACUGUGUUCUUGGCUGGCCAAGGAGAGUUUGAAAAGGCCCGAGCAGCGCUUUGGGCACUUCUUGAAAACGCGGGUGAUACCGGGAUUUUUUCCCGAGUCUUUAGCAUGGCUGUGGCUUUUGAAGAUCAGAUCAUUGACUCCCUAGCGAUGAAUUCGUCUAUUCAAAUGUGCACUGCCGCAGAAUAUGAUCAAAUCGCAAGAAAACUCUGCGGUGGCACGCAUGAUCCUUUACAUCACCUGCUUCGCCUCACUCAGCAGCACGCACUUCUACUAAAUGAAGUUCAGCUUAGAGAAAAUCGUUGGGACACCACUAUGUGGCUUAAGCGCGUUGAAUUGCUGCAAGAAAUGGUGUGUGAUAAUCGCGCCUCCCGUAAGGAUGUGGUUGCGCUCUAUCGACAGGCCAUUGCACAGUGCACCUCCGGGAUUCAAGUGGUGGAUGUGGAGGUGGCGCAGUUGUUUGAAUCCUAUGCGUGUUAUCUUUGGGACACCGAGCCCAGGAAGGAUGCCAUUGCUCUUUUAAAGGAUGCCGCCUGGCAUCUUUCCUUUUCUUCAACCACUGGUAACCUGUUUUUGGUGGGGUUGUUUGUUGAAUUUAUGCUUCUUUCCUCCACUCGAGCGGAUUGCUUGCGUGAACUUCUCUCAAAUCUUCAGGCAGCUGAGGCAACCAACGUCAUUCGAUCCAGGGGACUGAUUACAGGUACGGUGGUAACAGUUUUACAAGAGGACCCUCGUGCAUGGAUGUUGGCUGUGGAUGUUGCUUUUGAUGAGUCCCCAGAAACUCUAGGGCACGUUAUCGACUUGUAUAAUAAUUCAGCUGCUUACUCAGCGGAGGGUGCCUGUUAUGUGGCUGGUCGACUUUGGCACAGUGGCUGCACGCAUGAAGCGUUUCGUGAGUUUGAGCGGGCUCUGGUUGCACUAAAGAGCACGCCGCUGGCAAUGUUGUAUGUUCUGCAACAGUACUUAAGCUGUUUGUGUCUGUCCCUUGGGGAGAAAUUGCCGCUUCACCGUCUUCGUGAGCUUACGCGACUGGGUUUGGAGGUAGUUCCGCUCACUCUGCAUUCAUGCCCCACCUCCUCGGUGGAGUACCUCCUUAAUUGUGCUGCUUUGGAGUCUCGCUUGGGGCUCUCUGGCACUGCUGUUAAGGUCGUGCAAGACUGCCUUGAUGUGGUUCAACGACGUGGGGGUGUUGCGGAUGAUUUUUUGCUGUGCCUUGUAGAUACCGUUCUGGAUGUCACCCUGACACUUCAAGGGAGCCAGGUGUUUCGUCAGUACUGCGCCAAACUGCUUCAACGGUCACAUCUAAGCCCUUCAUUUGUUCAACGGGUGGCGCUCUGGUGGGCGGCAGUGGAGAAGCGCACAGACAACGUGGAAACGGCGCAUACAGUUAUGGAUGCCUGCUGUAAGCUGCAGGAUCCCAACAGUAGCCACGGUUGUGUCUUCUGGAGUCUGUGGGAAUCUAUUUGCACCACGGUGAGCCAGUUUGAGGAGGUAAAUAAGCGCAGGCAGCAGGUUGCCCUGCAGUAUGCAGAUAACUCGGCUCCAGCGGCUGAGGCUUCGGUGGCACCCAGGGCAACAAAAACAUCGGCGUGA